GCUCUACUGCAGGGUCAAUGAGUGGCAAUAAGAUCUCAAGUGGUGCUUCUCGACCUCGAAAAUCAAUUAAUGGCUUCCCCGGGCCAGCUAUGUCUGCAGGUCAAAGAGAGUCUGGGUCAAGCAGAAGUUUGUCACUUCACCGAAAUUCGGCUUCAGAAAAAUUAUCACAGUCUGGGUUAACUUGCGAAAAGGCACUUGCUGGCCCCAUUGUAGAGGGAAACAGUCACAAGUUGAUUGUAAAGAUCCCAAAUCAGGCCCGGUGUCCUGCACAAAGUGCCAGUGGGGGAUCCUUUGAAGACCCUUCCAUCAUGAAUAGCCGAGCUUCUUCUCCUGUGCUUGCAGAGAAGCAUGAUCAAUUUGAUAGUAAUUUAAAGGAAAAGAGUGAUGCGUACCAAGCUGAUGUCAUGACUGAUGUGAAUACUGAGUCGUGGCAAAGCAAUGAUUUUAAAGAUGUGCUUACUGGAUCUGAUGAAGGUGAUGCAUCACCUGCCGCCAUACCUGAACAAGAGCACAGUAGGAUUGUUGAAGACAUUAGGAAAGCAGCUUCCUCAUCAUAUGGGAGUGCCCCCAAGCCAGGAAAAUUAGAUGACGCUUCUUUCAACUCCAUAAAUGCUUUAAUUGAUAGCUGUGUCAAAUAUUCUGAGGCAGCUAAAUCCAUGUCACUUGGUGAUGAUGUUGGAAUGAAUCUGCUUGCUAGUGUGGCUGCUGGGGAAAUGUCAAAGUCUGAUUUGGUAUCACCAACUGAUUCUCCGCAAAGAAAUACACUUAUAGUUGAGGAUACUUGCACAGGUGAUGAUGUCAAGUCGAAAUUAUCGCCUCAAGAUAACUUCACUCAAGAUGUAAGCCAGCUUAGUGACAAUGGUGAUGGUGAUGUAGAUAAGCAGGGUGCUUUGUGGUCUGAGGAUUGUCCACCUUUAUCUAAACAGGCAUCAAUUAACUUCUCUGGCGAUGGAAAACCCAUUUGUUCCUCUUCUGAAGGGAUGCCAGCUGGAGAGCGCAAUGAGCACUUCCAUACUGCCAGUUGUGAUUUGCAACGAACUGCUGACGCAUGCUUGGAGGCCAGUGAAAUAUUGAGUGAAAGGAAUGGUGCUGCUUCUGUGUCUGUUCCCCCUGGCAGCAAUUCAGAAAAUGUAAUAAAUGGCGAAAUAAGCAAACAACUACAUGGUGAAAAGGCAGUUGUCAUCAGCACAACAACUGAUGGCACUCCAGAUACUAAUCCUAGGGGAAGCAGUUCUUUGUUAACUGAGGAUAAGGUCAGUGAUGUCCUUUCAACCAUAGAAGAUGAUAAACUAGCCGUUGAAGUGGGUAAGAACACACAUGAUUCAAAUGAGGGUUUGAAUGACAGUUUCCACAUGGAGAAGAAGCCAGCUGCAGUGAUGAUGAAUUCUGAGUGCAUGGCAAGAACUGAUGAGGAAGUGAUGUAUCCUCAUUCUGGUAAAGAUUUGACCUCAGAAGAUGUUUAUCAAGUUAAGGUUGAGAAGGCUGAUGAAAUGGAUAACAGCACGGCUGUUAAUCUGUCUGGUAGACAAGGAAUUGGUCAGGAAAACAACAAUCCUCCCACUAUUGAAAAUCAAGCUGAUCUGAAGAGUAACUGCAUGGAGACAAAUGUUGAAAGUAAGGAGGUUCAUGGGCACCAUUGUAGUGCAGCAGUACCUUCUAAAAAGUCACCUGAAUCACAUGUCCAAGAAACGAAGCAGCAUGUGGGGUGGAGGGGAUCCAAGUUGGCUGUCAUUGAAGCAGACGAAACAGAGGAAUGUGUAUCCACCACAGGUGGGGCUUCUUCCUCUGCUGCAUGGGUACCAGAGAUGGAUUCAAAGCUGAAGUUUGAUUUGAAUGAAGGCUUGGUUGUGGAUGAUGGAAAAUACGGGGACCCAAUCAAUUUGACGGUCCAUGGAUGUUCAUCUGCUCUUCAUGUAAUUAAUCCAUUGCCUUUCCCUGUUUCUUCAGUUUCCAGUGGUCUUCCUGCUUCUAUAACCGUGGCUGCGGCUGCCAAAAGGCCCUUUGUUCCUCCAGAGGAUCUAUUGAGGAGUAAAGGGGAACUUGGAUGGAAGGGAUCCGCCGCCACAAGUGCAUUUCGGCCAGCUGAACCCAGAAAGGUUCUAGAGAUGCCACUUGGUACAGCUAACAGUCCUCUCACCGAUGCUACUGCCAGUAAACAUGGUCGUCCUCUGUUGGAUAUUGAUCUAAAUGUGCCCGAUGAGAGAGUUCACGAGGAUAUGGCCUCUGGAGAGCCUGCUUCAGGGACAGGUUCAAUGUCUAACCUUAUAGACAGUCACAAUUUGGCUCAGAAUGGAAUGAUGGAUUCUGUAUCCAUUCGUAGUUCAGGGGGAUUUGGUCUUGAUUUGAACCAAGUUGAUGAAGUUAAUGAUGUGGGGCAGUAUCCCAAAAGCAGCAUUCAUAGAGUGGAGACCCUGCUUCCACCAGUCAAAUCAUCAUCUGCUUAUGGGAUUUCUAGUGUUGAACUCAGGAGGGAUUUUGAUUUAAACAACGGGCCUGUCCUUGAUGAUGUGAGCUGGGAACCAUCAUCAUUUAACCCGCAUGGUAGGGGCGGCAUGCAAUCCCAGGCUCAUGUUACUGGCCUCAGAAUGAACAAUCCAAAUGUAGGAAACUUCUCACCAUGGUUUCCACCGGGGAACUAUCCGGGUGUCACAAUUCCGUCUGUCCUCCCUGAUAGAGGGGAGCAUCUUUUUCCAGUUGUUGCACCUGGUGCGCCACAAAGAUUAUUGGGUCCUACUGGUAGUACCCCUUUUACACCUGAUGUCUACCGGGGAUCCUUGUUGUCAUCAUCUCCUGCAUUGCCCUUUCCCUCUAUGCCGUUCCAGUAUCCUGUUUUUCCUUUUGGGACAAGUUUUCCUCUGUCCUCAGGCACUUUCUCGGGUGGAUCAACGACAAAUAUGGACUCGUCAUCCGGUGGAAGGCCUGGUUUUCCUGCCGUGCAUUCACAGUUACUUGGAGCUACUGGUGCAGUUUCAACCAACUGUCAAAGGCCUUAUGUCGUUAGCCUUCUCGAUGGUGGCGAUAAUGAUGUUUUGGUGAACAAUAGAAAAUGGGUUAGGCAGGGUUUAGAUCUUAAUGCAGGCCCAGGCCCUGGUGGUCUGGAUAUAGAACGGAGAGAUGAGACAUUGCCUUUGGUGUCAAGGCAACUUUCUGUUGCCAGUUCACAGGCUUUAGUGGAGGAGCAAGCAAGAAUGUACCAGGUGGCAGGUGGUGUUUUGAAGAGGAAGGAGCCUGUUGGAGGAUGGGAUACUGAGAGCUUUAGGUACAGGCAUCCUCAUAGCAGUAGGGAUUUAUAAUACUACAUGCUGGCAACUUCUUAAAGCUUGUUCUUUGAAGGUAGGCAUUGGCUAACUCCUGGAAGUUGUCGUCUAACUUGUGUGCUUCUUGAAGGAUGGGUGGUAAGUGAGUAAUUAGAUGUGUUCAUAGUCUCCGACCCCCACCACCUCACUGUAUCAAUUGCAUCAUAAAAGAAUUGGUCCUGGGGUUUGCAAGCACUUCAGUCCUUGGCCUUGGAAUCAUUUCUGGGUGGAUGCAGAUCAGUUUCCCCUUUGUAGAUACUUAACCAUCAGAAAGCAUGCACUCUGCAGAUGCCCCGACACUCGAGAGUGGUGCCCAUACUGGCACAGUGCAUCACUUACACAUCAUGGGACCGAGCACCAUCCUUUGUUCAAUUAUCCACGUAAUGGCAGUUGGGUCUCUGAACUGCUUCAACUGGCAGCUCUUAUGUAUGUGUGUUUCUGUUAAUUUAUCUUUUAAUGCUGUCUUUUAGUUCUUUUAGUCGCCCUCCUCCUCCUCUUCUUUCCUUUUUACUUCCUGUUACAUAAAUAUAAAGCAGGGUGGCCACUGAAUUUUGGUAACUAAAGCUUUUCUUGAUCUGAUAUGAUUUAGUUGGCAUGGCUGUUGUAUCCUAUUUUGGUCUUACUUUCUAACCCUACUUGUAGUAGUCUACUUUACUGCUAUUUGAACUUCUGGCCAAGUUGCAAUCAGUGCUGGAAUUAAGAUGUCUGUGUACAUCCUGAUAAAAACGCCCGUACACGCGAUCAAAAUUGCAUAUUUAGCACCAUCUUUUGGAUACAAUAUGAUGUAAUUAACCCCCCACCCCUCUUCUUUCUUCCAGCUUUUCUCUCCCUUUCCUUAACAUGGGGUAAUUUUCCUGGAUUUUAGUUGUGCACAAUUUAUUUUUUUCUGGAAGUU